ACGACAGUGACGUCUGAUGAACUUCGAGUAUAAAACAGUAUAAAACAGCCCAUGGUCUCUGACUACAACCAUGGCUCUCUCCAAGCGUGUCAACCCUGAUCGUCUUCUGCGCGAGUCUCACGACAAAGGACACAAGCAUCAUGCUCUAACUGGAACAAAUCCCAACGAACUACACCAUACCUACGGUGCUCGUUAUGGAACAGCUCCUGUUCCCAAAUACCAGAUCUCGUCCAAAGGCGCCGACGCUGAUUCUGUCUACCAGCUCAUUCACGACGAACUCGCUUUGGAUGGCUCUCCCAUUCUCAAUCUUGCUUCUUUUGUUCACACUUGGAUGCCUCCUCAAGCAGACAAGCUCAUGCAAGAAAACAUGAGCAAAAAUCUCAUCGAUUGCGAUGAGUAUCCUGCUACUCAAAUCAUCCAUACACGCUGCAUCUCCAUCCUCGCCGACAUUUGGCACGCCCCUAGUGCCAAAGACGCCAUUGGAACGGCUACUACCGGCUCUUCCGAGGCCAUUCAGCUAGGUGGUCUAGCCAUGAAACGCAUCUGGCAAGAGAAACGCAAGGCUGCCGGAAAGAGCAUUCACGAGCCAGGUCCCAAUAUCGUUAUGGGUGCGAAUGCCCAGGUUGCUCUCGAAAAGUUUGCUCGCUACUUCGAUGUCGAGUGCAGGCUUGUUCCCGUAUCUCUCGAGAGCAAGUAUCGUCUUGACCCGAACAAGGCAAUGCAAUACGUUGAUGAAAACACUAUUGGUGUUUUUGUCAUUCUAGGAAGUACAUAUACCGGCCAUUAUGAACCAGUGAAAGAGAUGUCUGAUCUACUCGACGAAUACGAGAAGAAAUCUGGCAUUUCCGUUCCUAUUCAUGUUGACGCGGCGUCCGGAGGGUUCGUAGCUCCUUUUGUCACACCCAAGCUCCUCUGGGACUUCAAACUUCCCCGCGUCGUUUCCAUCAACACUUCCGGUCACAAAUUUGGACUUGCCUAUGUCGGCGUCGGCUGGGUCAUAUGGCGAGACAAAGCACACCUUCCAAAAGAUCUCAUCUUCGAACUCCAUUACCUAGGCUCCGUCGAAUACUCCUUCUCUUUAAACUUUUCCAGACCCGCCGCACCCAUUAUAGCCCAGUAUUUCAAUCUCUUGCAUCUUGGCUUUGAGGGCUAUAGGAGCAUAGCACUGAACGACUUGAAGAAUGCCCGACUUUUGAGCAGAGCUUUGGACAAGUCGGGCUAUUAUACUGUGUUGAGUGAUGUCCAUAGGAAGCUGGAAGGUGCUAGUGGAACUGACGAAUCUGACGUUGAGUCCUACGAGCCUAGCCUUCCUGUCGUGUCCUUCCGAUUUUCGGACGACUUUCAAAAGAAAUACCCCGAGAUUCAACAAAAAUGGAUCCAGACCUUGUUGAGGUCGAAGGGAUGGAUCGUCCCGAAUUACGAACUGGCACCAGACAUGCAACACGUUGAAAUCCUACGUGUGGUUGUUAGGGAAAAUAUGACAGAAGUGCUCAUAGAACGCUUGGUCUGUGAUUUGAUGGAAAUCACAGAAAGUCUCAUCAAGAGCGACUCUCCGUUACAUGCGUUGAGCAGUCUCGGCAGUGCGCAUUCCACUAAACCUGAGGCUGUACAUGGCAAAAUGAAUAAGGGAGACGGGAGUGAGUAUUCUGGCACGUAUGCGAAACAAUGUUGAGUGUGAGUGUGGGCUCCGAGAUUUGUAAGAUUAGGUGUAAAGUAUACGCCGAUGUGAUGGAUCCAGAAGGCUGCAGAGGGUUGAUGUAACCCCUUCAGGUAGCACGUCUCGUCGAUAGAGAAAUGGUCGUCGUAGGUAUCAAAAAUGUAAUUCUUUCUCCCGGACAAGAUGAAGUCGUUCA